CUAAAUUUUAAAAAAGUGUAAUGUAUCUAUUAUUUUUGCUGUCAUUGCUGCAGCUGGUUUAUUCUUACAACUAUUGCUAUAAUAAUUCACACUAUUGCGAUGUGAAUAACAUGAAGCAUUUCAUCUGUCGAAUAGGAGAUCUGCAUCCACUGCAUGAGAAGGCGAAAUUCGUAGGACUUGUGCCAGAUACGCUCAAAUUGCGUAACACUAUUUUACGCUAUCACAAUUCAUAUCGCAAUAAGCUCGCCGGAGGUUCUCUUAAAACUGUUAGCAACAAGACCUUCAAGCCCGCUAGCCGGAUGCGAAUGCUUGUCUGGGAUGAGGAGCUCGCUUACACGGCGCGCUUGCAUGCAUCAACUGUGUCGUUUAAGCAUUCGGUAUGUCGUUCCGUUCUCCGGUUUCCCUUUGCUGGCGAAUGCUUGGGUCUCGUUUUUGCCAGCACUGGACGUCGUCAGCUUAACGAUAUUUUGGAUCUCACACUCCAGGCCAUGUUUGACGAGUACUUGGACGCCGAAGAGCCCGAUGAGCUCAUCAACAGCUUCGAUGCCACCAAGCACUAUGAUGUUGGUCAUUUUACGGUUAUUGUAAGUGAUCGUGUUUCGCGUGUGGGCUGCGCCUUGGUUGCAGCGACCAAUUGCGAGAAGGAGACGAGAAAGGGCUACUGUCAUUUUUUGACCUGUCAUUACGACUUUACCAACAUGGCUAAUUCAUAUGUAUAUAAGACGGGAGAAUCGGCCAGCAGAUGCAAUAUUUGGAAGACAUUGCCCAGUGAGGAAUAUUCGAAUCUUUGCAGUAACAAUGGAGAAAUAUUUGCCGAGACGCUUAGUGACGUACAAGAUAAAAAACUUCAAGGUCGUAUUCAGAAGUAUUAAUCUACAUAAUUUUCUAUAUGUUUUAUAAUGUGUACUAUAUGUUACAUAUACACAUCCCUUUCCCAAAACCUAUUAAAAUUAUCGUUUUUUGUA